CGCAAUGCGAGAGAUCAGCUGUGGCUCGUGCGCGUACAGGCAACAAGUGGAUUUACUGAUUUUGAGUGAAUUAGAUUCUUUAAAGAUCACAUUAUGGAGAGAAAUUAAUGCGUUUAGACACAUAUAUAGUUAAACCCGUGUCCCGCGAGUAUUAAAUAAGUGUAAAAUAGCCGUUAUAGUAGAGUUCGUGUUCCGAUAGCAGCGUGUAACGGAUUUACGGUUACGUUUGCGCAGUUUGAUAACAUGCGAGCGCUAUUGUGAGUGCAGGUGUUAUUACAGGUGUGUAGGACAGAAAAGUACAGUAAUAAAGGUGAGUUUAUGAUGUGUGACUCUGGAUCAGAUGAGGAUAUAACGGCUGAGGACGGAGGGUCGACAGAGUCGGUCCGCAAGGGAUGUGACCCUCUCGUCUCAACCCAGCGCAGCAAACUGCAGCAGCGGAGAGCUAAACUCAACCAGCAGAUCAACCGAGAGCUUCGUCUGCGGAGCGGAGCUGAAAACCUUUACAGGGCCAGCAGUAAUCAGAAGGUGAAGGAGACUGUUGCAUUAGAACUGAGUUUUGUGAACUCGAACCUUCAGCUUCUCAAAGAAGAACUAGAGGAACUGAACAGCAGUAUGAACGUCUACCAGACUGAGAGUGAGACAGUCAGUGUUCCCAUGAUUCCACUGGGGUUGAAAGAGACUAAAGAGAUUGACAUGACAGUCCCUCUUCAGGAUUUCAUCAGUGAACAUUACAGUGAGGAUGCAUCUCUGUACCUGAAUGAGAUCCGGGAUUUUAUGGAACUAAGACAGGCCAUGCGGACUCCCAGCAGGAACGAGGCGGGACAGGAGCUGCUGAAGGAAUAUUAUAACCAGCUCUAUUUCCUGGAUCAGCGCUUCUUUUCACUGCACAGAAGUCUGGGAAUUCACUUUCACUGGUACGACUCACUGACCGGCGUGCCUUCAGUCCAGAGAGCGCUGGCGUUCGAGAAAGGGAGCGUUUUGUUCAACAUCGGAGCACUUUAUACUCAAAUCGGAGCCAGACAAGAUCGCUCGACACUGACUGGCAUUCAGAGCGCUAUCGAUGCUUUCCAGAGAGCAGCAGGUGCGUUUCUCUACCUGCAGGAGAAUUUCUCUCAUGCGCCCAGUCUGGAUAUGAGUAGCCCUGCGCUUAGCAUGCUGGUCCGUCUUAUGGUAGCUCAGGUUCAGGAGUGUGUGUGUGAGAAGGUCAUACUCAACAUGCAAAACAACGACCUGAAUGUGCUUCUGCAAGCCGCCCAGGAGGCAGCGAGGGUAUCAGACGUGUAUUCUCUGGUUCUUCAGGCGAUGUCAGUGCCGUUACUGAAGGACUACGUUCCCUUCUCCUGGAUCUCUAUGGUUCAGGUCAAAACGCAUCAUUUCAGAGCGCUGGCUCAUUACUACACCGCUGUGGCGCUGUGUGACUGUUCAGCUAUGUCUGAUGAAGAUGAGGAUGAAGGUGAAGAGAUUAAAGCUCUCAUACAGGUUCACACCAGACGACCGGAAAAACUCAAUCUUCAUGAUCCAGAGGACAAGCGGAGACUCGGUAAAGCUCAUCUGCGUAAAGCCAUCAUACGUCACGAGGAAGCCCUGCGUCUUCACGGCGUGUGUAAAAUGCUUCGAAAGAUGGACAUCCUGCAGGAAGUUCUGUCUCACGCUCACGCCUGCUCGCUGGAGAAAUACUCUGAGAUUGAUCAGGAAGAUGAUUUCUGUGAGGUCGCAGAGGCUCCAGAGAUCCAAUGUAAUGAUCGGAAAGUUGAGAGGAGGACGAAUCUCUCACCUGCCGGUGAGAAGGAGUGUCAGUCGGGCAGCCAGAGGAGAGCGGGCCGGGAAUACGAGCACGGAUCCUCGUCUCUGAAGAACUGGAGCUGGAGGAGCGGCGGUGUCACCAAGAGACUCGGAAGCACCUUCAGCCUUUCCUUCGGUAACUUCAGAGAGAGCGAAUCCAUGUUCUGAAAGCACACGAGGAAAAGAAAAGCACUGCUUUACUGACUAGAGCACAAUUAUCAGAUACAAUUAUGUUUUAGGAGCCGAAUGAAAAUUAGCUGUUUUAGAUUAACAUUCUGGCACAAUUCUACAUGCAUUCCAUCAUGUAAAGUUAUUCAGAAGACCUGCCAUGACAGAGGAUUUUAUUAGACAUGUAGCACUAUGCUGUAAUAGUCCAAUGCUUUCAGAAAAUAGUGUCUUGCAGCAGCUCCAGAAGGCAUUAAAGGAAUUAGUAGGGUGGCCAUAUGUGCCAUUUAUAUGGGACACGUCCUGGCCAGGAUUUUUAUAU